CAGCCAAUUUUGUAUUCACAGAAAUAGACAUAAUAUUUAUAUUAAUAUUCUAUAUGUAAUCUACAAUAUGAAAGUGUUUUUGAUAUUUGCCUACGUCAUUGUUUCAGUUGCCAGUGACGUCACAUAUCCAGCGACGAAUACUCCAAAAACUGAACAGUCAACAGCUGGCGAGGCUAACAGGCCUGUAACCCCAACAACAACAACAACAACAACAACAACAACUACAAUAGCUACAACACAAUUAUCUGUACAAACUACAAAAGCUGUACUUAAAGACCAAGUAUGCAUUAGCAAUUAUGGGAACUGCGUACCGGAAGACUCGUCAUGCACUAAUGAUCACUCUAAAGUGAAUGGGAUCUGCACUGAUAAAAAAGAGGCAUGCUGUAUCCCAAGUCAAGCCGUUGUAAAAUCCUGGACUGAGAAGGACGAGUCGUGCGAAAAUAUAUAUGGAACAUGUCAGCUUGAUACAGUUACUUGUGAUGGGGUGUGGGGAGAAGCAACAUGCGGAGGUCCUGCGAACCGAAAAUGCUGUUCGCCAGGCGCUGAAGCGAUUCGCAGCUGGAUUAAAAACGACGACCAAUGUUUAGAAGUAUUAGGUGUAUGCCAGCUUGCAACAACGUCUUGUGAUGGACCUUUUCAAUCUAAAACAUGUGGCGGGCCAGCGCAGAGGCAGUGCUGUUUACCAAGUGCAGAAAGCAAGAAAGCGUGGGAAAAAGGGGACACGGGUUGUCAUCUGCCAAUGGGACCAUUCGUCUUGCGGGUAUGGGAAUUUCACUGCUGGUAAAUGCGGAGGUCCGAAAACUAGAAAAUGUUGCGAACCAGACGAACAAACUGUUAGGGAUUGGAAUACGUUAGAAGAAGACUGCCAUACAACGUUUGGAGAUUGCCAACACGCAGCACAUAGUUGUAACGGCACAACUGAUUCUAACUUAUGUGACGGGCCUGGCUAUAGAGUUUGCUGUACACCAGGUAUUUUUUCUUAGUGUAUGGCAGACAGUCUGGAC